CGGCGGAGGAGGGAUGUUGUUGCACUGUCCAGGGGUUUGAGACUUUAGAACCCGUGACUCCUGGCGGCUCAGAGGCUGCGGGAUCCUCUGGUGCAUCCUGUUCUCUUUGUUUGAUUGGAAGCUUCAGAUCCCAGCCUGCUGAACUUAAUCAGAGACCAUGGAGGCACCUCCGGUGACCAUGAUGCCUGUCACUGGGGGCACCAUCAACAUGAUGGAGUAUCUGCUUCAAGGAAGUGUUCUGGACCACAGCUUGGAAAGCCUCAUCCACCGCCUUCGUGGUUUGUGCGACAACAUGGAGCCUGAGACGUUCCUUGACCACGAGAUGGUCUUCCUCCUGAAGGGCCAGCAGGCCAGUCCGUUUGUCCUAAGGGCCCGGCGCUCUAUGGAUCGGGCAGGGGCACCCUGGCAUCUGCGCUACCUGGGACAGCCUGAAAUGGGGGACAAGAACCGCCACGCACUGGUGCGAAACUGCGUGGACAUUUCCACUUCUGAGAACCUCACUGACUUCCUGAUGGAAAUGGGCUUCCGCAUGGACCAUGAGUUCGUUGCCAAGGGGCACCUGUUCCGCAAGGGCAUCAUGAAGGUCAUGGUGUACAAGAUCUUUCGCAUCUUGGUGCCAGGGAACGCAGACAGCACCGAGGCCCUGUCCCUGUCCUAUCUUGUGGAACUCAGUGUCGUGGCUCCAGCAGGGCAGGACGUGGUCUCUGAUGACAUGAGGAACUUUGCCGAACAGCUGAAGCCGCUGGUUCACCUGGAGAAAAUAGACCCCAAAAGACUCAUGUGAUGAGGGUGGUUUUCCACCAGGGCGGCUGAUCUGACCUGUUCUCUUACAAUGGUGUCAUCUUAGGUCUCCGGCUGCUUCCCUCAUCCAGGAGGUCGGAGAGCACAGAGUCGCUUCUUUGUUUUCCUUGGGUGGCAAGUUCACUUUUGUGACGGCCUUUCCAUAUUGCAAACUCAGGGUGACACAGAAUCUCUCUGAUCCCUCUGUAAAGAGGGGAAAUGGAAGUUAACUUUUGAAAAGAAAAAUCUUGUUUUGCCAUUUUUUAAUAAAGUUUGUAAGAUACAGACUAAGUGUGUUUCAUGUGGA